UUUCCUCAAUUCAUCGAUUGAAGGCGUCAGUUCAUCUUUUUAGUAGGGGAGAAGCACUUUGUUUGAGAGGCAGGUAGGAGUGACACACAAGCGAAGACAGAGAGAUAGAAGCAGAUUCUGGGUUUCUCUUGUUUCACCUUCAUUUCUUGUUAUGAGUGUGAAAGAUGAAGUCUUGUAGAUUAUCAACUAAACUAUUGAACGUGUGCUUAGCAUCACUGUGUAAAGCCCAUCAAUUGAAGAAAGCUGAAUCAGUCCUGGUUGAUAGUAUAAGACUGGGAGUGCUUCCUGAUGUGGUAACUUACAAUACACUUGUCAGUGCAUACUGUAGAUUAGUUGGCAUUGAUGCUGGUUAUUCUGUUCUUUAUAGAAUGAGAGAAGCUGGGAUUAGCCCAGAUGUUAUUACAUACAAUUCCUUGAUAGCUGGUGCUGCUCGUAGUUGCCAGUUAACCCGUACUCUUGAUCUGUUUGAGGAAAUGAAUCAGAUGGGUAUACCUCCUGAUGUGUGGAGUUAUAAUACUUUGAUGCACGGUUUCUUUGAGUUGAAAAGACCUGAUGAGGCCUAUAGAGUUUUCCAUCAUUUACUAGUUGAGGGUUCGACUUGUGCCACAACAUGUAACAUUAUGUUUAAUGGACUUUUCAAGAAUGGGUACAUGUCCAAUGCCCUUAUGUUGUUUAGGAAUUUACAGCGUCGUGGGUUUGUGCCCCAAUUAGAGACAUACAAUAUUAUUAUCAAUGGAUUAUGCAGAGGGGGAAGAGUAGGCCGAGCAAUGAGGAUGCUUAAUGAACUAGGGCAAGCAGGUCAUGUUCCAAAUGGCAUAACUUAUACUACUCUACUAAAAUUCUGCCUUAAGAAGAGGAAGUUUGAACUAGGGCUCAAGAUGUUAUCAGAGAUGAAACAAAAAGGAUAUACCUUUGAUGGGUUUGCUUACUGUACAGUUAUUGGUGCUUCUAUUAAGGCUGGGAAGAUGGUAAAGGCUACUUGUUUCAUUGAGGAGAUGAUACAGGCUGGCAUUAUGCAUGAUAUUGUGUCUUAUAACACCCUAAUUAAUUUUUAUUGUAAAGAAGGCAAAUUGGAAGAGGCCUAUAAGUUGCUGGAUGAGAUGGAGAAAAAUGGCUUGGUUUGUGACCAGUACACGCACACAAUUAUGAUUGAUGGCUUGUGCAAGGCAGGAAAUCUUCAGGCAGCCAAGCGACAUUUGAACCAUAUGAUCUCAAUGGGUUUUGAUUCAAACUUGGUUGCUUUCAACUGUCUGGUUGAUGGGUUGGCUAAAUCUGGUCAGAUUGAUGAUGCAAUGAAAUUAUAUAAAUCAAUGGACAGAAGGGAUUCAUUUACCUACUCCUCCUUGGUGUAUAAUCUUUGCAAGGCUGGAAGGUAUCGAUCUGCAUCCAAGCUCCUACUGGCUUGUUUAAGAAGUGGGUUAGAGAUACUGAAGUCUGCCCAACGUGCUGUCCUUGAUGGCCUUCGACACUCUGGAUUCCCUAGGGAAGCAAAAAAGAUUAAAUCCAAGAUUCUUAUGGCUCGGAUAAUUCGUUACUGAUUUGGCUAUUAUUUUCCAGUUAGGAUGCUGGAUGUCAGAAAUUCUUUUUUAUAACCAGAUUCAAUACUAAAGAACAUUUUUUGGAGUGAUCAAGAUCAUGCUACAUCCCCUGUUAUGUUGAUUUAGUUCCAGUGAUAAGACUGGUCAUGCCAAUAUACAGGUUAGCAGUUUGAAGCAGACUGCAAGCACAUGUCAUACACACCCAGGUUGUCAAUCAUAUGAUGCAGAAACAUGCAUGUUUCUUGAAAACUUAUGCAUCUGCUAUGAGGAAAAUGUUGGCACUUCUGUAAAGCUUUACUGGAUUGAUCAUCAGUCAAUGGUUGCAUCUGUUCUUGGGAUUUGAAAGACCAAUUCACUCCAAGAAUUUCCCAACAGAACAUGUAAAAGAUUCUCCUUAACAGAAAGUGGUUCCAAGAUAUGAUUGUAUUCUACUUGAACUUGUUAGAAGGCCAUCUUGGGUUGUGAGAACCAGAACCAGAACGGAUGAUAUGAAGGUUGAACUACCAUGAGCUCGGGUAUCGGAACAAGAAGGGUGUUAUCUACUUAGGUGGAGCAACUUACCCUUUGGCAUUCAGCAGAAAGAAAACAACAAAAGAGCCAAAGAUACCAACUGCAAAUGAAGAAGUCAGAAAUUAAUUGCAUGUGUUUUAAGGGCAAUAGCUUUGUAUGCAGCCUUGCUUGACCGUAUUAAUCUAAACAUUAAAAGGAAAGACUGUUU